UUGUCGCUGCCACUCUACAGUCUUCCAUUUUCGCACACACUGUGUGUUGUUGUUUUUGUAACAACACACGGUUGUAUUAUGGCCUGUCGCACGAACACAGCCAACCACUUCGGUCUCACUGAGGGUCGUGCGGGUUUUUUCCAUGCGCUGUUUCGAUUUUCGCUGUCGCUGGCAAUACCCGAUUAAAAUUAUUGCAUUUUCUUGCCGUUUGUGUAUGCGCAUAUGAGUGAAUACCUACAAAGUUACAUGUAAAGUUUAGCAAUUAUACACACUGUUCUGUUAUAUAUACUUUAAUGAAAAUGUAUAUUUGUGAACAGUUUAACAAUUUUGCCUUAAUUGGGCUCAAAUCUAGGAAAUUUUCAUUUCGAAAUUGUUAAAAAAAAAUUGAGCAAGAAAAAGGUCGAAACGGUCACUGUGCGGAGCACAGUUCACUAGCCGUUCCCAUUUGUUUGUGGAAUGUUUGAACGUCGCCUUGCAACCCUGAAUCAAGAUAGCUGCGAAUUUUGUGCGGCGAACGGUCGGCGUGUGAAGCCGAUUUCUGCAGUGCAAGCGAUUACCGACGAAUUUGGUACAAAUGGACGCGCUACCAAGCGUCGUAUAAUGAAAUAAGUAAAGCGAAAACCUGGUGAAUGCAACAACAAACACAUUGGUGUAGUUGCCAUGUGACUCCAAACAUAAUACCCAUAAUGUGGUUCGAAUAUUUCCAAUACACAACUGACAAGUAAUUUUUGAAAAAACUUUUGCGUUCAAAAGCAGUCCACAGUAUAAUUUUCUGAAAUAGCUUUGCGAAAGGAGGUCAAAUAUUUUUAGGAUCACAUUCCUGUCAACAUGCUUAGUAACAUAAGAGAUCGGGCAAGAAGUACCCACCUCCAAAGAUAGUUUGGAAUGGGAACUGAAAAGGCAAUUGGGGACGUUAGAUCCCAGGCUUCGAAUGCUCAGGGCGGCCAAGUUACAACUUUUUUCUUCUUCUGCAACCCUGUAUACAGCAUAUAUUAAUUAUUCUAUAAUAUGGCGGAGGAUUCACACAUGUGCGCAACUUUUUGGAGGGUCAUAGUUAUCGUCGAGGUGGCAUGAUCAUUCAUAGCAGAAGGCAAACAAGCAGGCAAGUGAACGCAAACUGAAAAAUCAUCGGUCAGGCAGCAACGUUUUCGACGGCGACUAGUUAGGUAAACCUCAAAUCGCAUUCGCACAGCAACGGCAACGACUACCCGAGUACGGCAAGCAGCACACAGGCGCACAUACCCCAGAGUGAACAGUGUGAAGGCGCUGUUGUCGCUGAAAUAAAAGCAAAGCGAAGCACAACGAAACGAAGUGAACCACAAAAAGGAAAUGACGAUAAAACGAGAGAAAGAAUUCUGUCGAUUUUUAUUCGUCGCUCGCGUAGACUGCGAAACUUGAAAGUGAAUUGAAAAUAAUUUUUACUGUCAGUGGCGUAAAGGAGGUGAUUUCGAAGAUAAAGUAUAGUUUUUCAGGCGCAAAGGAGUCACUAUUGACGUAUUUUGAAUUGAGCCAUUACGACUCAUCCACCACCACCACAAAUACCAUUGUCAUUAUCAUCACUACCACAGUUGCGAGUGGUACAAACACUAGCAACAAGCAACCACCAGUGCAACCACUGUUUCGCUAACCAGCAUUGCCAUCGAUCGAUCCAUCUGCCAGCAACAGAAAUAGCAACGGCCACAUAUAUUUAUCAGAGAGUAUAUUUAAAGUUGUCAGCGUGAUCGUCAUCAUAAACACAGCUGUCCUCAAUAUGACAAGCAACAAGGACACUGCGUCGUUCUUCGAGAACGGGACAACGCAUCAAUUCGAAUACUGUUUUAAACUUUAUCCACAAGUGCUGAAACUAAAGGCAGAGAAACGCUGCAAAAAGCCUCAAGAACUUAUUCGUUUGGAUGAAUGGUAUCAAAAUGAAUUGCCAAAGUUAAUAAAAGCACGAGGGAAGGAUGCGCAUAUGGUCUAUGAUGAAUUGGUACAGACCAUGAAAUGGAAACAGUCUCGUGGUAAAUUUUAUCCACAACUUUCGUACCUGGUCAAGGUAAACACACCUCGUGCUGUUAUGCAGGAGACAAAGAAAGCUUUCCGAAAACUGCCUAAUUUAGAACAGGCCAUAACGGCGCUAUCAAAUCUUAAAGGUGUCGGCACGACUAUGGCUUCCGCGCUGUUGGCGGCUGCUGCUCCCGAUUCAGCUCCAUUUAUGGCAGACGAGUGCCUAAUGGCCAUUCCAGAAAUCGAGGGUAUCGAUUAUACCACCAAGGAGUACCUCAACUUUGUGCAACACAUCCAGACUACUGUUGCACGCUUAAAUACAGAGGCUGGCGGAGAAACACCACAUUGGUCUCCCCAUCGUGUGGAAUUGGCACUCUGGGCACAUUAUGUAGCCAAUGACUUGAGUCCGGAACUUUUGGAUGAAAUGCCAGGACCAGGAGCUGGCGUAGGUGCAAAUACCAAUGGUAGCACAGUUAAGACAGCAGCACAGACAGAUAAAGUGCUUGUAGGAGAGGAUACCAAUGAUGGAGAUGAGGAGAGUUUAGGUGCAGCUGACAAUGAACACGUUAAUCCAGCACCGAUUGCGACAGUGCCGACUGCCCUGCAGGAUGGCGACUCAAACUUUGUUUCGAACGACUCCACCUCACAAGAACCCAUCAUUGAUGAGAAUACAACUCAGACCACAGCAACAACCUCAACCGACGACGGCGAAGUGGGCACACCGCUCGCAUCCGAUUCAGAGAGCAACUUGGAGGCACCCGAAAAGGCUAAACUUAAACUUAAUAAUAGCAACAGUAGCAUAAAUGCGAAUACAAAUAGUAAUAGCGAUGUUGUAGGCAUUGCACAUGUUGUCGGUGACAACAGCAACAACUGCAGGCAGAAAGCUGUUAUCGAUGCGUUAGUUGGUAAUAGCAAUGGUAAUGGUAACGGUACUUUAGUGUCUUUGGGAGCAGCCGGUAGUGAUGGGGAGAAUAGCAGUUGCCUACGGUCAACAGGCAACGAAGAGGCAAGCGAGGACGAUGUCGAUGCUGAGGACGACAGCAGCAACAGCAACAGCCGCCACAUCGAACAGAGCCACAAAUCGAUAACUCCGCUAUUUGGUGGCAAUUUGAACGAUUCAACAAAUUACACAAACGCCAACGCCAGCGAUUCUAACAACGAUUCCACGCUUAGCAGCGCUGCCGGUGUCGUAUCGCAAAAGCGUGCACUGCAAUGUGAAGGCGCAAGCGAUGUUGACGGUGUUUUUACAGCGGAUGAAGCCAACAGUCAAUCAGAACCGAAAAAGAUAAGAAGUGAUUAGGUAGAAGACGCAGAGCAAAGUUUGAGAACGGGCUAGAGGGAUAAAGCGGUUUAAUUAGGGCAUAAUUAAAAAUAUAGUAUAUAAGGAGCGAACGCGCUGGCUUGUGAGCAGGUGAAAAGACACAUACCUAACAAUAAUAACACUACAACGUGCCGCUAUUUAGAAAUAUGGGCGAAACAGCGCGUGCAGCAAUGCAGGAUCACAUUAAUUCUAUAAUUUUAAGUAAAAUUUUUACGGUUAACAUCUUAAUAACACACACUGAAGUGUAAGCUAGAAAUAGGCGAGCGAAAAAAGCAAAAGAAAUGCGUUUAUCAAGCGUUUAAAUAUGCCAAAAAAUAUUUGACAUAAAAAUCGUUAUUGACGCCUGCAGGCCGAAUUAACGAAAACUCGACUUGCAGUUAUCACAGAAGAAAUGCUAUUAUGCAGCAACAACAAAUGCCUUGAAACUAUACAGCGCCCAGAGUUAACUUGCACUCGCUAGCAUGCUUUCCGUUUCGAGCAGCUGUAAAAUUUGCAUUUCAUUGCCGUUUUUAAUUUACCCUUCAUACACAAGUAAUUUUAUUUUUAUUUUUUAUUAACAGCUAUUUAUCAAUAAAUAAGAAAAGCUUCAAAAUUAACACUUUGUUGAAAGCAAAAAAAAAAAAAAUUACUUUAGUUUAAUAAUAUUUUUUACAUAGUUUAUCAUUAAAGCGUAUUUAUUUCUGCAUUUUUACCACAAAAGAGAACACUUCAAAACAAUACUUUAAUUAAAGAAUUAGCAAAAAACAUUACGUACAUGUUUAUUAGUUUACGCUAAAUGUAAAAAAAUAUGCAAAUGUGUACGUGCAUAUACAUAUUUACUAAAAGAAUACUGAUAUAAUGAAAGUUGGGAGGAAAUGUGAGUAAAUGCAAAAGUGUAACAAUACAAUUAUUGAGAUAAAGCAUUGCAAAAGCAUAACACGAAAUUAUAAUUAUUAAAAUAAUAAAAAUACAGUAAGUAAUGCAAGUUAUUUUUAAUUAAUUAGUAACGUAAUCUAUACUACAUACUUUAAAGCAAAAUUACAAUACAACACACCAAACCACUCACAUACAUACAUAAAUACAUGCAAACAAAUAUACAUUCUACCAACAAAUUCAAGCACACACCUGCAAAAAAAUUUACUACAUAAUAAACAGUGAUAAAAACAA